AGAAUUAUCACUGGCUUUGAAUUGUAUGUUGUUGGUUUUUAGCAUAUCUUUGUAACAAAGACAAAGCUGAAAACAAAAAUCAGAUAUGUACCAGACAACAUAAAAUACAUAUUGAAUGAUACAACCUCAUAUCAAAUUAGUUACGGUCAUUUUUAAAAAAAUUAAUGUCUUUGUGCAAAAUAAUUUUACACUUUGGCUCACUGACCAACACAGUUUGUCAGUCCAAUUUCAGUUUAACUUGUCCAUUUGUCCACUCCUUUUUCUAGUUCACAGUCCAUGAGGAUAUUCUGUUGCAUAACUUAAGAGAAGAGACCAUACACUUUGAAGUUCUUCAUUUAGCUUUGAAUUAAGUCCAAAACUCCACCAUGUUCAAUAUAGUGCUCCCUAUGAAUGAAAUUCAUCCCUAUGCACAAGGCCCUAUGAACCACUUUUUGCAAGAAGGGAGGAAUCAUAGCAACAUAGAGUGAGUCCGCCGAAGCAACCACAUACGUGCCUAAGUAUUCUGGGCCAGAGCCACAGCGCGUAUAAAUCACCAUUGAUAUCAAUGAGAUCAUAAUGUACACCAGCUGAGAAACUAGCCCUUUAUUUUUGCAAACAUUGAAGAGAUUUGACAUGAGGUUUUGACUGCUCUGUGGUUUCUUGCCUCCCUAUCCUGCUUUGUGGACAUAAAAGCACAGUUGGAGCUAGGAAGCCAGCAGCUGGAGCACUGAGAGUGAGGAAAAGGGGACAGACUUGGCUGCUUUCUCAGCAGUCCCUAAACAGCUCCUAACACCCAGGGAAGGAAAUGCAAGGACAUUUUUCCUGCCUCCCUGCAGUCUUAUUGACCCCAUCAGAUGUCUGGAUGCCUGUGCCCCAGAGCAAUGUACAAACCAGGAGACAUUAGGAGUUCCUCCACCUAACUCAUCUGCAGGACCCAAUCCAGGAGGUGUAGUCAGAUGUCACCUAUGGGACUGGGCUCUUACAGUUUGUGUUGUUUUUUCACUUAAAGAUGAGAAACCUAUUUAGGCAAAAAAAAUUCACCAAGGAAGACACGGGAAAUCAGCCCCUUGCCCUUCUGUGGAAGGUCAUGACAAUGAGAAAGUCAACCAUGGCUGGAAAGAAAGAUUGGUUGCUGUCUCAAAGGAAAGGAUGCUAAAGAAGAUACAGCUAAAUUAAGAACCUAUUAGAAAGUGAAUCAUGCAGUUUUCUGAAAGGAGCUGAAAUGCAGCCCUCUGACAGGGUCAUGAACCUGAGACAAGUCUUUGUGACUGUAUUGAUGUUUGGAGUAGCAGGUCUACUCCUCUUCAUGUACCUGCAGGCCUGGAUUGAAGAACAUCCUACAGUGUCUGGAGAAAAAUUACAACGACAGAUAAUUAAUCAGGAUUCCAAGCUCUCGCACCCAGAGGAGUUUGCCACAGCACCAAAAAAUCAGAGUGCUGCUGCUAACCUCAACAAGCGACAGACAACUGUAAUCAUGGGCAGACAUUCAAAGGAGAAAGCCAGUCCUCUUGGUGAGAUAGCCAGCUCCUUGGUGAAUCAAUUACCUGAACAGCGGAAGAUGACUAAAGCCUUUCUAAAACAGCUUAAACAAGUGAAUUUACCACCAGUGAUGCGCCCUUUAAAUAAAAGUUUAAUCAAAGGUGACAGAUGGAAAAACAUAGAUGAAGCUCAAGAGAAACGCAGAUAUUUUCUUUAUGACUUCUGUAAAAAAUACAGCAGUGACAACCAGCUCAGAACUCAUCUAGUGCGUAUGGUAUCCAGAAUAUACGUGGAGGAUAGACACAAAAUCUUAUACUGUGAAGUGCCUAAAGCAGGCUGUUCCAACUGGAAAAGGAUUCUGAUGGUGCUCAAUGGACUUGCCUCUUCAGCAUACAGUAUUAGCCAUGAUGCUGUGCACUACGGAAAGCAUCUAAAGAAAUUGGACAGUUAUGACUUAAAAGGGAUACAGACACGUUUAAAUACGUAUACCAAGACCAUAUUUGUACGUGACCCCAUGGAAAGAUUGGUGUCUGCCUUCAGGGAUAAAUUUGAACAUCCAAACAGCUACUACCACCCAGUGUUUGGAAAGGCAAUUAUUAAGAAAUACAGACUUAAUGCACAUGAAGAGGCACUGAAAACUGGAUCAGGUGUGAAGUUCAAAGAAUUUGUCCGGUAUUUGUUAGAUUCCCAGCGCCCAGUAGGAAUGGACAUACACUGGGAGCAGAUUAGUAAACUCUGCUAUCCCUGCCUCAUCAACUAUGAUUUCAUAGGAAAAUUCGAAACUCUAGAGGAAGAUGCCAAUUAUUUUUUGCAAUUGAUAGGUGCUCCAGCAGAGCUGAAGUUUCCUAAUUUCAAAGACAGACAUUCCUCCGAUGAAAGAACAAAUAUGGAAGUAGUGAGACAAUACUUAAAGUUGCUGUCAGAUACAGAGAGACAGUUGACCUAUGAUUUUUAUUACUUAGAUUAUUUAAUGUUUAAUUAUACAAUGCCAAUUGUGUAGCUCUGAAUGAUUUUAAAAUUCUAUCAAACAUUUAACAAUUUUGGCCUCAAACCAGCAACUGUAAUAUUACCAUACAGCUCUGAGUGGAAGAAAUGUAACUGCUAAGUGUAAUUGUCUUGAUUUAGUUGAGAUUUUAUAAAUGAAAGUGACACCAAUUGACACAAAAUUAUAGGAGCAAUGCACAAAAGAGACCUAUAAACUAUCUAAUUUGCACUAAAAGGUCUGAGAAAAAACUGCUUUUGAGUAUGGAUUAUAUUGUGGAAGCAGUAAUCCAGCCAGCUGUUUCAUUAGCUCAGCUAAUGUUCUUGUAAUGGUUGAAAAACAUUCAAAAUAGCAUGGAUUUGUGUGUGUGUCUGUCUGUCUGUCUAAAUAGGAAUAAUGUGUUGAGUGUUUUGAAUGUAUAUUUUUUGCUGUGUGUGGCAUAUUA